ACACAUUGGAACUCCGGGCAGGGCAUUGCGCUCUGAAGAUAUUUUUAUUUUCUUGCAUGAUUUUAACGCGGCCGGUACAUAGUUCAUGUUCUCUUUCUUUUCCGCUGCUGCGAGUGGUAUAUCAAGAUUUUUGAGCGAGGGGGUUAGGCGUGAGCUCUGAUUGGCUGCCCCCCCCUCGCUGUGUUCCAGGGGGUAAGGAUGAUGGCGACCGUGCACCCCACUGCCUCCAGCCUUGUCCCGCUCCUGCAGUCCCUGGAGGACCCCGCCGUGGGGCAGGAGGAGCACACCGAUGCCUACCUCACCAUCGCCAACCGUCUGAGUGGAGAGGAUGGGAAGCACUUCCUCCCUGCCGUCGUAAAGCACUUUUCACGCCUCGGGAAAGUUUUCCAGGCUCACAUUGUCAGUCCCAACGUGGAGCUGUGCCAAGCAGCUCUGCAGGCUCUGGGGUUCUGCGUUUUCCACAGCGCCAUCGUCUCCGGCAUCCCAGACGGCUUCAUGGAGGAGGUCCUGGCGUCUCUGAACAGCAUCGUGGUGAAGUCCACGGACAAGAACACCUGCACUCGCGCGCUCUGGGUGAUGUCCAAGCAGACCUUUCCCUCCGAGGUCGUGGCCAGGAAGGUACCAGACGUCCUGAAGACACUGGAGGCGGUGCGGUCGCGAGAGGACCUGCAGUCGGUGAUCAUGGAGCACGAGGCGCUGAACGUGGUCAUAAGGCUGUUGGAGCAGGCGCCCGGCCCCAUGGGGGAGGGGGCAGUGCAGUGGGCGAGGCUGGUGAUCCCAUUGGUCGUCCACUCCGCCUCCAAGGUCCGCCUCCGCGCGGCCGCCGCCCUGGAGAUGGGCAUGCCCCUCCUCCUCCAGAAGCAGCAGGAAGUGGCGGCCGUCAUCGAGCCCCUCAUGUCCUCCAAGCUCAUCCCGGAGCUGCAGAAGCUCUUCUCCACGAAGAACGAGAGCAACGUGCUGAAGCUCUGGCCGCUGUUCGUGAAGCUGCUGGGGAAGCUCCUGCACAGAGGCGGCCCCUUCAUCAACUCCCUGCUGCACCUGGAGGAGCUGGGCUUCCGCAGCUCCUCCCCCAUCAUCAAGAAGAUCGCCUUCAUCGCCUGGAAGAGCCUCAUCGACAACUUCGCCCUCAACCCAGAGAUCCUGUGCAGUGCGAAGCGGCUGAAGCUCCUCAUGCAGCCCCUGAGCUCGAUCCAGGUGCGCACGGAGGCCCUGCUCCUCACCAAGCUGGAGGUGUGGUGGUACCUGGUGGUCCGGCUGGGGCCCAACCUGGCCGUCAACUUUGAACAGGUGGGAGUCCCUCUGCUCCAGAUUGCCGUGUCCACGGACUCCGCGCACCUGUCCGCGACCACGCCCUCGCGGAACUCCAGUCAGAACGCAACCCUGACCACGCCCAAAACAGGUGGCCACGGCUUCAACGCCCCGUCCUCCGCGUCGCGCCUGAGUCUGAACAGCAGCGUGAGCAGCGUGAGCGGCCAGCCCGCCUUCCCCUCCAUCCAGCUGCUGGGCCUCGAGAUGCUCCUGCACUACUUCCUGGGGUCAGAGGUCACCGCCACCGCCACCAAGACCAAGCUGCAGCUGAACCUGGAGCCCCUGACCCACCCCCUCAUCACGAGCCCCUCCUCCUUCACCAAACACGCCGGUGUUCUCAUCUCCGCCGCCCGGGACAGCUUCAUCAGCAUCGGGAGCGACGCCCCAGAGGCCCUGCUCACCCUGGUCUGGAAGAGCCUUGUUGGGUUCGUAACCGCGGCGAUGGAGGCCGCAGGCAGUAAGAAGGACAGACCUGGCUCCGAGGUCCUCACCCUCCUGCUGCAGGCUCUAGAGUCCAUUGUCCAAUCCGAAGCCCUGCCGGCCCAGCGCAUUCUGGGUCUGCUGGAGGCCACGGUGCGGGGAAUCCCACACAGGAUCCUGGGCUCUGCCGCGUACCAGCUGGCCAACAUGGACGUGCUGAAUGGCACGCCGGCCCUGUUCCUGAUCCUGCUCUUCCACCACAGCAGUGUCCUACCCUGCUUCGUCUCCGACGAGCGGUUCUUCCUGUGCCUGGAGACGCUGAUUGGCUGUGGCCUUUCAGGCCCCGCCUCCCCCCUGGCCUUCAGCGAAUCGGUUCUGGGGGUGAUGAGCCGAAACGCAGAGGCCAUCCAGAACAAGGAGCACCUGUGGAGAAUGUGGAGCCUGGUGGUCAACCCGCUGACCGACACCAUCACCCAGACGAACGAGGUGAACCAAGGCGACGCCCUGGAGCACAAUUUCAGCGCCGUCCACCGCGCCCUGAUGUUCCCCGUCACACACCUGGUCAUCGGCCAUACCCUGCCACAGAUGACCCAGAAGUCCCUGCUCUCCACGUGGUCGAGGCUGUACAAGGCCUUCGCCCGCUGCUCCGCCCUGGUCGGCACCGCUGAGGAGAACGUGUGCUGCGAGGAGCUGUGCGCCAAAAUGGCCGCCGUCCUCGACGCCAAGGUCCUCUCGAGUCCAUCCACCCUGGAAGCCACGGCCAGCCUUCUGCUCAUCGUUAUUGAGUGUGUGGACUUCUCUCCGUACACCCCCCACUAUCAGAAGACCAAAUUGCCGCACACACCCCUAAGCUGGGUACGGAAGAAGAACAAGGCUCUGGGGAACCUCACCUCCUUCCAGGCCCUCCUGGUGGAGGUUCUGGAGUCCUUCCUCCCCGAGGUCUCGCCCGAAGCGCUGGCAGAGGGCACUGCCGCGCCCUCCGCUGGGUCGGGGCCAGGCACGGUCCUCAUCGCCAUCCUGUCGACCCUCUUCAGCAACCUGGUGCUGGGCACGGCCGUCCUAGGGGUGCUGUCCACCCUCCCCGGACCCCUCGCCCGCCUCUAUGAACUCGCCGGGAGACCUCAAAAUGAGCAACCAAAGUCCUUCGGCAGUCUUGGACCAAAGCUGGAGAAGCUGCUUGGUGAGAUUCUGGGCUGCCUGCAGACGCAGUCCUCUCUGCCCUACGAUGACGAGCUCCUGGUUCUCCUCGCGCCCCUCCUGCGGGUGCUCUUCCCGCACCGGAACAAGCUGCUACGCACCCUCGUCACCCAGUUCUGGAACGCCACUUUCGCCAACGCCCCAACCCUCACCUACCCCGAAUGUCUGAAGCCGGUUCUGAGCCAGGUGAAGCAGAAGUUGCCCAUCAUUCUGCCCGGAUUUCAAGCUGUCGAGGUGACUGAGGAUAACAGUGGACAGUAUUCUACCGAGUGCUCCCAGAUGGAGACCCAUGUCAGCGGGGUGAAGAUCGCGUCGGUUGGGAAGCGGGACUCGCUGCUCUCCCGGGCGGGAGAGCUGAGGGAGAAGGAGAAGACCACCUCCGACACUCCGUCCAAGCCCGUCGCGGUAAAACUGGAUUUUGGGUCUCCCAAACUCCCCCGCCGUGAGUUACUGGAGGAGGCGGCUUCCAUGGAUUUUGUCUUCAUACCCCCUGAAACCAAGGAGAGAGUGCUGACGGAGCAUCAGAAAGAGGUCAAGAGAACCAAAAGGGUUGAUAUUCCUGCAAUGUACAACAACCUGGAUGCAUCUCUGGACACAACAGUCUUUACCCAGUACUCACAGUCCCAAGAAGAUACUACAGAUAAACCACCAGCCAACGAUGAUCCUGCAGGAACACCCGAAGUUGAGGUUCAAGAUGAUAAAAUGGAAACUGAAGGAGCCCUUGAGCCAGAUAUCGAGCCAAUCCCAGAACCAGAAGUUAUGGAUGUGGGUCCUGUAGCAGACUCGACAGACGACGAAGUUGCCAAAAAGGAGGCACCUGUUCAACCCGAAGAAGUCGAGCCCAAAUCUGAAUGUCCCGCUAAGCGGGAUGAUCUCGGAGCAGAGGACUUGGCCAAGGAGACUCGGGAGAGCGGUGGCGACGAUUGCAACGUCUCCGCCUCGUCUGAUGUGGUUUCUGGGACUCCGCCGAAACCCAACAGCCGUCGGCAGAGCUUCAUCACCCUCGAGAAGUACGUGGAGGGCAAGGCGGCCAGCCCCAUCAGCGCCGUGAAGUUCACGGGCCCCCUCAGCAGGGCGUCCAACAGCCAGGAGACUUCGCCCUCCCAGGCGAAAGAGGCGGCUUCUCCGGGCGUGCCCGAGGACUCGGCGGGCGUGGACACCGCCGCACAGGAGCUCGGGAAUGGCGCCGAGCCGGAGGUGUCCUCCCCGCCAGACGAGAAAACAGCUGAGGAAAAGCAGGAGCAGCCCCGUCCUCGGGAAGAGGAAGUUGCGAAACGUCGGAGCGAAGGCACUGGGGACGAAGACGACGUCAUUCCUGACACUCAGGCCCAUGUGGACUCUGCAGACCCUGGGAAGCAGGAGGCCGAGGCUUCAGUGGGGGACGACCUGCCGACGAAGGAUGAGGACUCCUACGAGGACUCGAUGUAUGACAGUUGCGAAGACAAUUAUCUGUACGAUUCGCAGUGCUCGCUGGUCUCUUCCAGCCAGUCGGAAAUCAGACGGUCCGGUCGACGCAGGAGUAGACCCCUCCGUCCUGGUGAGGACCCAGAAGAAGUGGAGGGAAAGUACAAGGUAACCCGCAAAAACUCAAAUGGGAAAGGGGUGAGUCAGAGUGACUCCCCUCAGCCUGAUCCUUUGCCAGCCCCCAGUGAAAUUGAAGUCCAGUCACAGGGGCGACCAACUAGGCGGAGCAAAGUGGCUGCUGAGCCACCGGAAGUUGAGGUCCGAGAGAGGCUUCGGAAGACCCGAGCUGAUUCCCAAAUCGCAUCCUCGCAGGCCUCUCAGAAUGACAGCCCGUCCCUGGGCCGAGUGACCAGGAGCAGAUCAACUGGUCCUUCAGAAGAGGCAAUCGGCAAAACCGCCUCAUCCCCACCCGUCAGUCAAACGGAUGGUCUGUCACAGGGACGAUCGAGUAGGAGGAGUAAGGUGGCAGCAUCUGGAGAGGAGACGAGCCAAACGGAUUCCCAGAUGGCCACGUCUAAACCCAGAAAUCAAACAGAGAGCCAAUCACAGGGCAAGCCAGCUAGGAGGAGCAAAGCAUCUCAACCUGCAGAAGAGAUGAGCCAAACUGAUGCGCAAGAAAGUUUGUCUGUUCCUGUCAGUCAAACAGGUGGCCAAUCACAAGGCAGACCAAGUAGGAGGAGCAAAGCUUUGGGACCUUCAGAAGGGAUGAGCCAAACUGAUAUUCAGGUGACAUUAUCUACACCUGUCAGUCAAACAGAGGGCCAAUCACAGGGCAGACCAAGGAGAAGCCAAGCAGCUCAACCUUCAGAAGAGGUGAGCCAAACUGAUACACAGGUGACCUUAUCUACACCUGUCAGUCAAACAGAGGGCCAAUCACAGGGCAGACCAAGGAGAAGCCAAGCAGCUCAACCUUCAGAAGAGGUGAGCCAAAUUGAUACACAGGUGACCUUAUCUACACCUGUCAGUCAAACAGAGGGCCAAUCACAGGGCAGACCAAGGAGAAGCCAAGCAGCUCAACCUUCAGAAGAGGUGAGCCAAAUUGAUACACAGGUGACCUUAUCUACACCUGUCAGUCAAACAGAGGGCCAAUCACAGGGCAGACCAAGGAGAAGCCAAGCAGCUCAACCUUCAGAAGAGGUGAGCCAAAUUGAUACACAGGUGACCUUAUCUACACCUGUCAGUCAAACAGAGGGCCAAUCACAGGGCAGACCAAGGAGAAGCCAAGCAGCUCAACCUUCAGAAGAGGUGAGCCAAACUGAUACACAGGUGACCUUAUCUACAUCUGUCAGUCAAACAGAGAGCCAAUCACAGGGCAGGCCAGGUAGGAGGAGCAAAGCAUCUCAACCUUCAGAAGUGAUGAGCCAGAAUGAUGCACCGAUGACCUUAUCGACACCUGUCAGUCAAACCGAUAGCCAGUCACAGGGCAGGCCAGGUAGGAGGAGCAAAGCAUCUCAACCUUCAGAAGUGAUGAGCCAGAAUGAUGCACCGAUGACCUUAUUGACACCUGUCAGUCAAACCGAUAGCCAGUCACACGGCAGGCCCAGUAGGAGGAGCAAAGUAUCUGGACCUUCAGAAGAGGUGAGCCAAACUGAUGCACAAGAAAGUUCAUCUUCUCCUGUCAGUCAAACAAGUAGCCAAUCACAGGAAAGGCCCACUAGGAGGAGCAAGGCAAUUGACCCUUCAGGAGGGAUGAGCCAGACUGAUACACCUAUUACUUUAUCCACACCUGUCAGUCAAACCAAUAGCCAAUCACGGGGCAGAUCUAGGAGAAGCCAAGCCUCUCAACCUUCAGAAGAGAUGAGCCAGACUGAUACACCGGUGACCUUAUCUACACCUGUCAGUCAGACAGAUAGCCAAUCACGGGGCCGACCAGGUAGGAGGAGCAAGGCAUCGGCCUCAACAGAAGAGAUCAGCCAAACCGAUGCACCAGCAAGCUUAUCGACACCAGCCAGUCAAACCAAUAGCCAAUCACGCGGCAAACCAGGUAGGAGGAGCAAAGCAUCUGGACCUUCAGAAGAGAUGAGUCAAAACGAAACGCAAGCAAGUUUGUCCGCUCCUGUCAAUCAAGCAGAUGCCCAAUCACAGGGCAGACUAAGUAGGAGCAAGGUGGCUGGCACUUCAGCAGCAGACAUGAGUCAGACAGAUUCACAAACGGGAUUAACUGUACCUCUUGAUCAGAAUGAUAAUGGAUUGGAGAGCAUAGCAACUAGAAAUGGCAAGGCAAUUGAUCACACCGAGGGAGUUAGCCAAACCACUUUAUCCACGCCUGCCAGUCAAACAGACAGCCAAUCACUGGGCACACCAAGUAAGAUUGCAGCAGAGUUGAGUAGUGUGAGCUGUAGUCCAUGUGCCACGUCUGCUAAACAGUCUGAACACUCACAGGCAGGUAAAGGUGAAGGAACACUAGAGACCUCGCAAAAUUUGGGCCUGGACAAGACGAGCAGGUUCUCCCAGGGCUUGUUGCCUGAUAUUGAAAACUCUGAGUUGGAUCUCUCCCAGGCUAGUGACGAUGGCGAGAAAUCCGGGAAUAGAGGCAGGAAACGCAAACUGUUGAAGUCCGAAGCAACGUCUCCAAGUCCGCUAAAAACGCAACAAGUGCUUGAAGAGUCAAACCAAAUUGUUGCAAUGGAGACCAACCCUGAAGAUGGAAAGGAGAACUGUGAACUUAGUCAAAACUCAGAAUCUAAAUCCAUCCCUUUUGACACAGAAGCCGAGGCUGCUGAACCUUCAGAGAAAAAAGCAAACCAAUGUUUGACAGAAAUGAUGGUUCCUGAUGACACAGUCAACCCCAUUUUGGAAUCGAGGGAAAUAAAGAGUGCAUCAGAAAUGCAGGAGGAGAUGACUUCCCUGGGUUCUUCUGUAGAGGUCCGAGACCUCACCGCCAACCGCCAGAGAGUGCGCGGCAGGCGGGGCCGAGGUCGCCCACGCUCCAGAGGCUCCAACUCGAGGGCAGCUGCAGAGAGAGAGACUCUGUCUCAGGAGAGCGGUAUCCCCGGUUCGCCGGUCACGGACUCUCAAGACCUGGGCGAAAUCGAGGUCUCCCCGGAUCCGGAUCUCGAACCACCGUCGGACUCUGAAGCAGUGUGUCCGCAGCCGGAGAAUGCGUCGGCGCAACAACUGAACGAUGCCGAGGUGAACGACGACGUGUUCUCUGAGCCAGACGCGGUGAGCACCCCGACCGUCUCCGCAGGCCUCCCGACUGCGACCCCGAACGGAACUGAGACGAUGACGGGAAGCACGGCCACAGAGGACACGUGGAAUACGUGCAAUUCUGAUGUCCAGACCGGCAUCGUGGUGUCAGAAGAACAGGUCAUUGAGGACAUUGAGGAUGGCCAGCAACAGGACCUGGAUGACGGACAGCAACAGGAUCUGGAUGACGGACAGCAACAGGACCUGGAUGACGGACAGCAACAGGACCUGGAUGGCGGGCAGCAACAGGACAUGGACGACGGCCAGCAACAGGACAUUUCUGUGCCACAGGUCACCGAUGUGACGGAGUGCACCGUAGAUCCUGCUCAGGUGCCGGGAGGAGUAGAGAAGGUGCAGGAGCAAGAUAUGAACUGGGAGGAGGACCUUGCUUUGCUCCAAGAGCACAAUGCAGCGCAAGAGGUAGUAUUAGAGGCAGCGGAGGAGGACAAUGUUACCCAAAUAGACAGUGACAUACCUGCAGCCACUGCUGAUAGCGCUGCUAUCCAAUCCCUGCCCGAAGAACCUCCCACCCCGCAGCAGGGGAUGGCUGAGCACUUGUGCCUGGACUCUCCACCAAAACAGAAGCUGCUGGACACCGUGGCGGGAGAGCUGGGCCUGAGCCCCAGCAGUGGGAAGAUGAAGGGCGUCUGGUCCCCCUCAGCUUCCCCCUCCACCAGCAUCCUCAAGAAGGGGCAGAAGAGGCCUCUGGAGGUCGAGUCGCCUUCCCCCUUGCCGAAGUCUCGGCGAGUAUCGUUUGCUGACCCGAUUCAGCACCAGGAGUUGGCGGAUGACAUCGACCGUCGUAGCCCAGUCAUCCGGCAAUCUGCCGGCAGCUCGCCAAGAUCCAAAAACGUGGUCACCAUCUCGUCACAGCAGAAGUUUGUCACCACUCCAACCAAGGGCAUGUUGACCCUGAGUCCACGCAACUUGCGAAGCCCAGGGUACAAGAGCUCCAAGAAAUGUUUGAUCUCAGAGAUGAGCCAUGAGCCAAAGCCCAUUCCUAAGGACUGCGUGUACCCCGCUCUGGUCAGCUGCUCCACUCCUGUGGAGGCCGUCCUGCCCCAGAUAUCCUCCAAUAUGUGGCCUCGUGGAUUUGGCCAGCUGGUGAGAGCCAGGAAUAUCAGAACCGUGGGAGACCUAAGUGCACUCACCCCUACCGAAAUCAAGUCCCUCCCCAUUCGCUCCCCUAAGCUGUCCAAUGUGAAGAAAGCACUUCGAAACUAUCAUGAACAACAGCGUAAGGGUCGCAGUGACGAGUUGAAGGGAUUCGAUGAGAUGGAGAAGAUGACGUCUGAACCGGAGGAGACCGAGAUGGCCCAACACCAGGAGGAGGGAAACGCCCCCGGAGAGCAGGUCAUGGGCGCGGAGUUGGCGGACGUCCCGGCUCCGGCCCCCGUGGCGGAGCGGCGGCCCGCGGCGCUGGUGUCCGCGGUGGAGUCGCUGGGAGCCCGCCUGACCCCCGAGGAGCUGGGCCAGUGCUCGCCGGGACAGCUGGUUCUGAUGCACGAGCAGCUGGGAGGGAUGAUGAGGGCCAUCGUGGUCCAGCUCCAGACCCGACUGGCUCCAACCCAGGGAGAGAGCAUACCCUGAUGACGAGAAUGAUCUCCCUGACAACGACUCGGAAUCCCCCGACAACAACCCUGAUCCCCCCUGGACAACUCAGACCUCCUCCAGAGCGACUCGAACCUCCCCGACAACAACUCAGACCUCCUCAAGAAUGACUCAGAUCUCCCUGACUACUCCAAACUCUCUGAACAGGAGUCGCCUGAAUACCAUUACCAUGAUUACCAGAUCGGACUGGGUUCAUCUGCGCGCUUCCCCCCCCCACCCUCGCCGCACACCCCCUGCCGUCUGCAACUUUUUAGUUUAGAUUUUAAUCUUGAUUUUUUUUUUUUUUUUCUUAACGCAUUUUAACUAUGUAAAUGUCACUACAUUUAACAUUCAAACAGGUGAUUCUUGCUACUUUUCUAAAGUCAUCGACAGGGUUAUCGGUGUUGCUAUGCCGACAGUGAGAUCAUUGGUCAACAUCGCCCCUCUGCAUGGUAGCACUCUGGCCCUGCCGUGGUUGGGCGUAAUGUUUUAAACAUGCUAGUCGAAGGAUAAGACAGCACUUUUUAUUGUAUAUGUUGAAAUAAAAGACUGAAAAGA